AUGCUGUCAUCGAAAAAGCUCGAAGGGGCGUGGCGACCUACAGUAACCGAAAUCGACGCACCGCCCGUCCUGAGUGCUCGGCAUUCGAUAUUUCAUAAAUUACCCUAUUUUAUUUCGAAUCCAUCGUUGAAAAAGGCGUUUUUUGAUGAAAAAUUAUGCGACGACGAUCGUUUAUUCAAACUUGGUUUCCGCAUUUAUCAGAAUUACAUCGAAGCCGGUUUGCCGUUACAAAUCCAAUGUGCCACGUGUCAAAAUUAUGCUUCUGGUCUCAGCACGUUCUUCUAUGUUUUGCCAGAAAGAGAUUUCGCUCAAGAGUUCGGCAAUUUGUUCAUUGAACGACGUGUUCUCAAUUCGAAUCCAUUCUACUGCGAUUCGGCUGACUGCGAGCAAAAUCCUCGGGUCACAUCGCUUCUCGCAUAUUUCGCUACAAUAACAAACGAAUUACUAGCACACAAAAUUGUUGGCACCGAGAAAUUGUCGAGAUGGUCCGGCGAACAGACGUCGACCGAAAUGGAUCGGAAACUACAAGGAACUCCGAAUGGAGAGCUAUACAUUGAUGUUCCGUGGAAGGAAUAUUUCAAUGCAAUGGAUGCGAAAGAUCAGCAUCUUUUCACAUUGUUCGGCGUCCAGGGUCUUACAACGACGUGCGCUUUUGAGCUUGAUGGCGAAGUUGUGGGCUCGAAUGUAUUUGUGAACACUGAUCCCGUUGGAGCGGUUAAGAAUUUGGAGAACAAAGUUCGAACGACUGACGUGUUCACUUAUGCAGAUUAUGAGAGCUUGGUUGUUCGGAAGGAUUCGCUGAAAAACGAGGAAAUGAACCUGGAGAUUUUCAUUUCGUGGUCCGAUUAUUCGUGUUGUUCCGCUUGCUGUUGUCCAGUAAGCAUUUGUGGGUACGAAUUCCAAACUGCGGCGACAUGCGAUAAGGUUUUUUCGUCGAAAUCCCGAAAAGGGUAUUUAUCAAUUCGAAAAAUUGUUCAGAAUAAGCCGAUCAAAACCAAGUCAUUCUCGCAAACUCUUGACAAAAUUCUGAAUCUUCCGCCUUACAAAAGCGAAGGUGUCGCCGUUUUCUCGUCCCUACUGCAAAAAACAAGACUCAUAAAUGAUUUCAUCGCGACAAACUCGCCGAAUAAUAAAUACUCAUUUCGUAGUGGAGUUUUCAUCGAAUCGGUUUCUUGUAAAUCCGACGAACAAAAAUUGGAUUGCACGAAAUGGGCAAAAUGUCAUGGAAUUGAGCUAGAUGGUAUCAUUGAAGAAAACGCUGAUGAAGGAAUCGAUUCGUGUACCCAAAUUCAAUUCAUCGAUGUUCUUGUCGGAUUCCAGAGUUUGCGAUUCGGAGCAAGGAAAGGAGAUAAACUGCGUAUUCGGAUGGAUCCCGAAGCGCACAAUCCGAACACAAAAUUCGUAUGGAAGGUCAAUAUGCGCAAUCCAAAGAAAUACGAUCAAACAAAGCAUUGUGAGAUUCAAGGAAUCAUUCAAAGGAAUAAUGAGAUACUUGUGAUUGGAUUGAAAGAUUUAGACCUGAGGGUCGAUUUGAUUCUGAAUGAUAAAAAGAAAAUUAGGAUUCGAUUUUACGAUAUCUCGUAA